CUCCACCAUCCGCCUCCACCUACCGAAGCAAUUUAGCCCCAUGAGAUACAUCCACAGGAAAGUAUUCAUCCAGCGCUGAAACGCCUCCUGGAAUACCUCACUAGGCCAGCUACAGCAGGUACCCCUUGUUUGACGGCUCGCCCCUCAAUCCACUAACGGCCUGUGCCUGACCUGAGGAGCCCCGUCGUAUCUGUCUGAUGUACCUCAAGGAGCUAGGUGCCCUGCCUCCUGUGCGACUGGACGCCGCUCAUAACCAGCCAGACAUCACCUCGUCCCAUCUUGUCCUUAUCCUAAUCCCCAUCCAUUCACAACACGCGCUCAACUCUAGACCUCGCUGAAACUGUACAUAACGAACAUCACGAAAAGACCUCGAGGUCGCUAGACCGAACUUGCAUAUUAUCCAGAUCGCCUCGUACCUGAGAGCCCUCAGCAACAAUGAGUCAGGUCAAGAACCUCCGCGCCAUGUUCGAGAACAAGGGCGACACGAGCCCGCCCGACAGAGGCCGAUCAUCUGGCGCUUCUACUCCCGUCCAAGGCUCAGGCACAGGCAAUAGCGGAACCGAAUCACCUGUCCGGCCACUGUCAAAAGUCAGAACAAGCUUUGUUGCCAUUGAGAAAGACGGAAGGAUAGGUCUUAGGAGAGACCCCAGCCACGAAUCCAGUGUAUCACGCCGUCGAUUAAGCAUGGACACCGAUGCGGAAUCCGUUUCCACUAUCCCGGACAAGCCAUCCGCUUCGCUUGAAGAUGCGCCACGCGCGAGCAAGCCCUUCUUCCAAGAAGCAAUCCCAGAGUCGCCCCGUCACCAAACUGAUCCCCCAAAGACACCCACGGAGCAGAUGGGAGCUGUCAGCGACGGGCCAAGUGUCAACCCCGACAAGAAGGUAGACGCGGAGGAACCGUCACCUUCAUUGCUACCAGCAGAGCCCGCCACGGCAGAGCCUGUUGCAGCUUCGCCGAAGAAAGAAAACAAGCCCCCAGCAGCUUCUGCAAGUGCCAAUGGCAAAACCAAGGCUGAAAACACGAAAGAAGCAAAGUUGCCAAAGGAGACAGCUCCCGCAGCAACUGCAAAGGCCAGCGCCUCCAAGAAAACAACCACCACUCGACCCAGCACUAUCUCCACGAAAGCUCCGAACACCAAGCCUCCAGCAAAGUCUCCUUCUGCAACGAGGCCAACAGCAAGCGCCACACACAAGCCUGAGCCCAAACCAGCUCCUAAGGCUGCUCCAGCACCAAAGAAGGAGACAAAACCAGCACCAAGGACCACGCCAACAGCUACACGACCUUCAGCGACAAACACAACCAAGAACCCUCAGCCAUUGAAGCCUACCCCCAGCGAUGCUCCCUUUGUGAAACCAAAGCCCAAGUCUCCCACAAAGCCUGUGCACCUACCCGCUUCUCUCAUGGCCCCAACUGCAUCCUCCGGUGCCAAGACAGGCCGUCAGGUUCAACCUUCGGCCAGCUCACAGAAUCUCAGCGUCCCUGCUCGUCCAGCCAGCCGGGCGAGUGCAACAGGAGCUGGCGUCAGUACUGGCAAAACCGUCAAGCGUCAACCUUCGAACGUUGGCCGCUCACGGCCAAGCCUUGGUCCUCCUCCCAAGAAGACCUCUGAUCCUGCUCACCCCAAGAAAGAAGCACCAGUGGAUGAGAGCUUUUUGGCCCGCAUGAUGCGGCCAACACAAGCUUCCGCUCAAAAGACUUCCGAGAAGGUGCCUACGACACCGCCUAAGAAGACAGCAAAGCGACCAACAUCUUCAGGAGCCGAUGCCACCCGCCGUGAGAGCAGUAUGAAAACUCCGGGAAGCGCCAAGAAACCCGCCAGGAAGGCAGCUGAAUCCAAGUCGGUGACUAGUUCAGUCGCCUCAGACGAGACCUCCAAGGUUGAGCCCGUGGUUGAAGAAAAAGCACUCGAGCCAACUAAGAGAGAAAGUCCGGAGGUGCCAGAGAUCCAGACCGAGGUACCCCAGAUGAACAAUGCUCCCGAGGAUUUGAAAAAGCCUGAACCAGGGCCCGUUGUGAAGGAAGCUCAUGUUGAAGUUGAGGACCCCGUUCCAGGGGAACCCCAGGCCGAGUUUACCCCCGAGGAAUUGAGCAACAAGGAGCGGGAGAAGAAGGAAGACGUUCGCCCUAUCACCCCUGAGACGCCGAAGGAGGUGAAACCUGUUGAUCUACUCGAAACCUCCGCUACUGAGCAACCCAUUGCCUCUCCCAGGGAGACUCCUGCUGAUGAGUCCGAGGAGCCCAGAGAGCAGGAGCCCACAACUGAAUUUAAGAAGCCACUGGAGGAUGACGAUAUCGUUCCCCUAGUGGACGAGGGCUCUACCCAACCCCCUGUUGUCGUCGAGGAGACAAACAAGGCAUCAACCACUGAUCCCAAACCAGAGACCACCGAAGAGGUGAUUCCCUUGUUGGAGAAGGACGUCGAGUCUACCGAGACGGAGACUACAGAGAAUAAGCACAACGAGAUUGACACCAUAAAGAAGAAUGAUGCCAAGGAAAACGAGAAGACCGCUGAGGAUGUUGAAGAGAAGGAUACCACUGGGGAGAAGGUUGACGAGGAGAAGAAGGAAGACCAGGAGAGCGUUACCAAGGUUGAAUAAACUUGGGAUAGAUUGUGAGAGAUAUAAGAUUGCUGAUUUGUUAGCCAUGGAGGAAGGGAUGUACUUUUUGAGCCGCUGUAUAGAUACCUGUUUUAAGCGAAGGCGAAUGGUGAUUUUAUCGCAUACUUAUUGUAAAACGAGCAUCUGAAAACAAGAUUGCAAGAUAACAAAAAAAUAUGUAAUGCGCAAGGCAGUUUCUCAUUCUGAGAUUGAUUUUUGAUACACAAACCGUCCUUAUGGGACUUAAUCUAGUUGUACAAUACAAGCUUCCCUAUUUAUCG